UUUAAAAUACAAAGUCUAUAUAAAAUACAAACUCAAACGGUAUUAGAAUUUAUUACUCUGAAGUGCGCAUUCGCACUGUUCAAGGUAGAAAUAAACUGUAUCUUUCUACAGUACAAUGUUGCUUUUCCAAAUCUUCCGAUGUCCGUGGUUUUUAAUUGACGUCCUUGUGCCGUGUUUUGGCAACUUACAACCGGGCUUCUCUAAACUUCAGCGAGGACACAGACUGGACAGGAAACUGAUUCAAUCCUUCCCAGAACUCAGUUUCCUGGACUGUGUGAUAGAAUGUCUGGUUACACCACGGUGUAAAUCUGUCAACUAUUUCAAAGGGGCUAAUUUCUGUGAAAUCAAUUACGAAAAUAAGACGACAGCAGAGACUAGGUACAUGGAGAGUGCUGGAUGGGUGUACAGUGAAAAGGAGCAUUGGCCUAAGGAGCUGGCUGGAGCUUGUUCGAACUCAACGUGUGACAUCAACCAGACAUGUAAACACAAGAGAUAUUCCGAGGAUAAAUUCUUUGAAUGUGUUUUGUCAGAUUGUGGAAUACCCGAUCAAAAUGGAAUAGAUCUGAAUACAACACGACGUGAGGACGCCAUUGGUAUACACAGGAGGAUACACGCCUCAUGUUUUGACGGAUACUCCCAGUCUGGUUCAGGAUGGCUGAUCUGUCAGUCAAACGGGGAGUGGAAAUACGACAUUGUCUGUACAGUUCUGCCGAACAUUGCAUUACGUAAACCUGCCGAACAGUUAUCAACAUAUAAUGACUAUAACGCCGCGUAUGCAGUGGAUGGCAACAGAGGAACAGACGUUGUUGUCGACAAGUGUACAAUUACAGGUGAUGGCGACACCAAUCCCUGGUGGAGGGUGGAUCUGCAGGCUGUGUACUCCAUCACAUCUGUCAGAAUACUCAACAGAGGAAUUGAUCAAUACAACACAGAUUUGUCUGACCGGCUGCGUGAUGUUACCGUCACUGUUGGACUGACAGAGUCAGAUGUCAACACUCCGUGUGGGUUCUUUGCUGGUCCCGGUACUGCGUCACAGCUGGUCGUCAUCGACUGUCCGACAUCAACACAGGGGAGAUUCGUAAAAAUCUCCAAGACAACAGAGUUUCUCACUCUUUGUGAAGUUGACGUGUUUGGCGUCCUCGUCUAAUCAUAAAAUUAAUUGAUGUCAUAAAUGAAAAGUUACCGUACAAAAAUACAGGCAUUUGUUUGAUUAUCCCGGUUAAUUUAUUAUGUAUCCUCUUUUUUACAUUCAGCUGAAAAAGUCUUACUUAUGCCUUCAGUCAGUUCAAGCAUACAUGUAUAUUUUACAACAUACACCAUAGCAUACAGUGUGACAUAGCACUGAAAUCUUAUACCAAUGCUUUAGAAUCCGAUACCAUAACAUAUAAUCUCAUGACUUCAAUUCAUCAUAUCAUAACAUAGCAUACAGCAUGGUUUAACUCGCUUUUAAAUGAUUUUAUUUUCGAAAUAAUGUUAACAUUACAGAACAGUGGUGGGUUUGAGCUUCUUAACAUUUUAAUUCAAAUGUGUUGAACUCUUCUGUAUACAGAGGCGUUUCCAAGCAAAUGUCAUAUCAUACCAUAACACAUUUAAUCAUUAAGCCUUUCAUUUCAAAGUUUCAUAGCAUAUCAUUAAAAUAGUAUCUUAUCGUUAAGCCUUUUAUUUCAAAUUUUCAUAGCAUAUAAUUAUAUUAGUAUAGCAUAUCAUAGAAAUAGUAUAGCAUAUCAUUAAAAUAACAACCAUAGCAUAGCGUAAUUAUAAUUGUAAAAGAUAUGCAUGAAAUGAUUGUAUACAUGUAUAUGUUCGGUAUGUCGCUUGAUGACUCUAUCUUAUCUCAUUUACAUGUAAAAUACUACAUACAUUGGAUAUAUUGACUGUGAAUCUUUCAUGUACCUUUAUAUGUUUCAACAUAUACAAAAUUCGUUUGAAUCAAUUCGUGUUGGUUUUUAUUUUGUGUUAUUAAUGUUGUGUCAAUAAAUAACAA